ACUUCUCAUAUGGUAUCAGCCAGGAAACGAAAUUAACCCUAGCCGACCUCCCCUUCGCUUCUACUCUUUCUCCUCUAUCGAUUUCUUCUUCAAUAACCAUGUCUUCCUCUGAAACUCCCAUCUCACUCAAUACUAUCCUUCACCUGCUCACAAUUAAGCUUUCAUCCACUAAUUACCUCUUGUGGAGAAACCAGAUCCGCCCUCUUUUGUCCUAUCAGGAUCUAUUGGGUCAUAUUGAUGGGUCUCUUGUGCAACCAGAAAAAACCGUCCAAGUCGAGGGAAACUCCUCUCCAAAUCCUCUCUUCACAUCAUGGCAGAAGUAUGAUCAACAAGCCUUGCUAAUUAUUCAGUCAUCACUGACCGAAGAAGCAAUGGCAGAAACGCUUGGACUCAACUCUGCACACGCAGUCUGGAAGGCUCUUGAAGAUGGAUAUAGCCAUGACUCCAUGGAACGAAUGCACUCUCUCCCUGACUCUUUACGCCAACUUCAUAAAUGUACCUCUACUGUCGAAAGCUUAAGACUAUUUGUGAUCAAUUAGCAACUAUUGGGCAACCUAUUGAUGGCACACUGGUUUCUGUGUGGUCUUGGUUCAGGAUUUGAAUCUUUCUCCACUACUCACCGUGCCCUGAAAGCAACUCCCUUCCGCAGCCUCUUGUCUCAGGCGGAAAGCCAUGAUUUAUUCUUGAACUCACUACACACCACCUGCAAUGCAUCCUCUGUUGCUUUUCAGGCAUAAAACUAUCAACAAUCCAAUCCUCCCACUAGAGGUAGUUCUUCCAGCCGUGGCAAUCACUCAGGCGGUCGUGGUCGUAAUCAAUUUUCAGGGGGUAGGGGACGUGGCCUGAGACCACCGCACUGUCAACUGUGCAGAACAAAUGGGCACUAUGCCUCUGAUUGCCCAGAACUGUCCAGCUAUGCUAAAAGAGAAUCUCAAAUUGAUGCCAACGUUGCCCAUUCCUUUCAAAAUCAGUGCAACUUAACUCAAUCCAACCCAGAUUGGUAUGCUGAUUCAGGGGCUACAAAACACAUGGCUACUUCCACCCGUCAAUUAGAUCACUCAACACCUUACUCUGGCAGCGAACAGGUUGUUGUUGGAAAUGAAUCGCAAAACCAAGGACGUGAUAGCAAAGGGCAGACCAAACACUUUUUUCUCCACCUUUGAUGAUCAAAAUGAUACUCCAUCUACCACACCUGUCAUUCCUACUCCUCCCUCAGCACCUACGGUCACUUCCACAACGCCUACAUGUGUUCUAUGUCCAUCUCCCAGUCCGCUAUCAGUCUUUCCCUCAUCCACCCUAUCCUCAUCAGCGUCUGCUGCCAGGGCUCACUCAACUGCUGACGAGGCUAAUGAAUCAGCUGCUGCCAUGGUCCACAAUUCACCAUCUCCUGCCCCAUCUUCUGAUCAGCAGCCUCCUCCAGGCCCACCCACUUGA